GUAUGUCUUAAUCACAUUUAAAAUGCACUUGUUAAUCAUAUAGACAAACUUAAACUUUAAGAGAAGAUCCUGGAUUGAUUGAGAAAUUAAAGGAAAGAUAAAUGGAAUUAGAAGAGAAAUUAAUGGAUUUUGACCAUAAGAAAGGUAAUUUAGAAAGAGAAAAUUUGAUGUUAGAAGAUAAUAUCAAAUUAGAAUUACAAGGUUUAAAAGGUUCAAUAUUAUGUAUUGAUUAUUAGAAAACUAAGUGAUUCAACAAUAAUUAACUGAGGAACUAAGAGAUAAUAAAAUAUUAACUUAUAAGAAAUAAAAUGAAUUACAUAUAUUAAUACAGAAUGUCCAUGAAAAUGAAGCAGAAAAGAAGGUUUAUAUAAUAUGGUUAUGUUAGUAAUUAAUGAAUGAAAUCGAAUUUUUGAAAUAGUCACUACUUCACACAAAUGAAAAUCAAAUACAAUUAGGCAAGAAAGAAGAACAUAUAAAAUUAUUAUUAAACCGUAUUUCUGAACUUGAACAAAAUAUAACUUAACUAAAAAGAGAAGUAUAAUUUAAAUGA